AUGAGAUUGCAGUGGUUCCGAGACCAAAUCACGGCGUAUUAUGACAAGCAAGCAGUGGGCGCUUCUCCCUUUUUACGGUGUCUUUUCCAAAUGAUCCAUGAUUAUGGGUGGUCAUACACCUUCUUGGAUAGGAUUAUUGAAGCCCGCGAGAUGGAUCUGAACGACGAAGCAAUCAACACGUUGGAUGAUUUACGAGAUUAUGGAGAACGGAUUUAUGGUUCUAUAGGAUAUCUUCUGAUGCAGAGUUUUGGGAUUACCGACAAUAAUUUGGUCGAGGGAUGGAGGAGAGCGUCGCAUGUCAUGUCCAUCUCCACACUCCUGCGGGGAUCCCCGUACCAUCUACAGCAUGACAAAUGCUAUUUCCCUCUCGAUAUUUGCAAGAAGAACGGCUUGGCGCCAAUCGAUGCCUGUGAUGUAAAGUCGGAAGCGGUGAAGAAAGUAGUGAAAGAGAUCGCAGAUAGCGCACUCUCGACGUAUGAAGAGGCAAGAGCACUGUGGAAAGCGGGUUGUAAUGGAGAGAACAAGCAGUACAAAACAAUGUUUCUGCUGUCGACGCCGGGCGUCUUCUAUCUGGAGAAGCUGCGAAAGAAGGGUUACAACUUGCUCGAUGCCUCUCUGACCAGUCCUUUUAUGAACGUGCAGUUGCAGAACCGUUUGUUGAUUCAAAAGCAGUUUGAACGUCUGUAG